GGAGGAUGAGAUGGUUUAUUUUGUCUGGUUUUUAGUUAGAAAGUUCUGAAAAAAUUAAAAUGUUACAGCGAUUAAUUUAUAGUAGUUUUGAACUGAAAAUAUCUCGUAAAAAUUCACAAUUAUUGUUUAAUAUUCCGACGACAACUAAAUGGUGUCAGGAGUGUGGAACCAGGUUAUACUCUCGAUACAAGGCGCCAGUAGUAAUACGAAAUAAUUAUGAAAGAAACUUCUGUAAUAAAUAUGCGGCAUUCAAUCAUAAAAUCCGCUGGUACACAACCCAAGUGGAUGCUGAGAAGAAAAGUGAACAUAUCGAAAGUGUAAAAGAAAAAAAAGCAAUAGAAUCUACGAAAAAGAUCAAUGUCAAAUUAAAGACAUCAGAUAUAAAACGAUUAUUUUCACUAGCAGAGCCAGAAAAAUGGACCCUAGCUGGUGCUAUUGGUUUCCUGGUAAUAUCGUCUAGUGUUACUAUGGCUAUACCAUUCUCACUGGGAAAGGUGCUGGACAUCAUAUACAGUAGUACAAGUGACUUGGGUGCUGCCCGGGAGAAGCUGGACACAUUAUGUUUGAUGUUAUGUGGAGUAUUCCUCAUUGGGGGUCUUUGUAACUUUGGAAGGGUUUAUUUGAUGUCAAUAUCAGGUCAAAGAAUGACACAAUCUCUUCGCAAGCAAGUUUAUGGUGCAAUAAUGAGACAGGAAACUGCUUGGUUUGGCAGAACCUCAACUGGAGAACUAGUCAACAGAUUAUCGGCUGACACUCAGCUUGUGGGCCGGAACCUUAGUCAAAAUGUCAGUGAUGGUUUGCGCUCACUUUUUAUGGUUGGUGCAGGGACCGGGAUGAUGAUUUACAUGUCUCCAUCCUUGGCGCUGGUCGGGUUGUGUGUGGUGCCACCGGUGUCUAUGUUGGCUGUGAUAUACGGGAGAUUUGUGCGCGGUAUUACAAGGCAGCUACAGGAUGCUCUAGCUGAGUCUAGCGAGUUGGCCGAAGAGAAGAUUUCAAAUAUAAAGACUGUGAAAGCAUUUAGUAAGGAGGAAGCAGAGUGUCGGACUUAUGCACAACGAAUAGAAAAUUUGUUGCAACUUGCGUACAAGGAAUCGUUAGCUGUUGGUAGCUUCUAUGGACUGACGGGCCUCGCAGGGAACACGAUAAUAAUCCUAGUCCUUUACUAUGGAGGUGGUAUGGUAGCCACAGAACAGCUGACAGUCGGCAAUCUAACGUCAUUCCUUCUAUACGCUGCGUAUGUUGGUAUUAGUAUUGGCGGGUUAAGCAGCUUCUACACAGAGCUGAAUAAAGGAUUGGGCGCUGCGACUCGACUUUGGGAUAUUAUUGAUAGAGAACCUGCUAUUCCUGUUUCAGGAGGAUUUAGACCAGCACAAAGACCUAAAGGCGAACUGAUUCUAGAAAAUGUGUUCUUUAAAUACGCCGAAGCGCCAUUACUGAAAGGAGUCAACUUGCACCUUCAGCCAGGAAGAUCAAUAGCCUUAGUCGGCAGAUCGGGUUGCGGCAAGAGUACUAUAGCUUCGUUGAUAUUGAGGCUAUAUGAUCCUGAUAAGGGUAGGGUGCUACUAGAUGGCGUGGAUAUCAAAGAUUUGGAUCCCCUAUGGUUGAGGAGUCACAUUGGUUUUGUUAGUCAGGAACCAGUAUUAUUUAGCGGAACAAUAAAGGAAAAUAUUCUAUAUGGUGCUAUAGAUGAAGAUAUUGAUAAUGAAUUAUUACACGACAAAAAUGAUAAAAAAGACUUACCGUGGUUGGCGGCAGCUCGAACGGCGCAUUUAGAAGAGCUCGUUCACGCUUCUAGUAACGGGUUUGAAAGGCAGGUCGGCGCGAGAGGCGGCCAGCUCAGCGGAGGUCAGAAACAGAGGGUUGCGAUAGCUAGGGCUAUUGUUAAGAACCCUAAAAUCCUUAUACUAGACGAAGCUACCUCAGCGUUGGACACUUACUCCGAAUAUUUAGUAGACAAAGCAUUGAAAGAAAUCAGUAAAGACCGAACUGUUCUUACCAUCGCUCAUAGACUUAGUACCAUUCAGUCGGCUGACGAGGUAGUGGUUAUGGAGAACGGUGUUAUUGUAGAGAAGGGUCCCUACCAAGAACUUAUGAUGAAACCAGGUGGUUUCUUCAAGGAAUAUAUAAGCCAUCAAACAUUCGAAAAGAAAAAUCGGGAACAAGACAUACACUCAUAACAUAUACCUACCUCCAUUUAAAUUUCCCUAAAGAAUUGUCUUGACAAAACGAGUAGGUGUUACAUUUUAAAUUGUUUUUAUUUUUUCCAAUAUUUUAUUUAUAUGUUCGUGUACUGUUGAUAAUUGUUAUGUUAAUUAUCCUUUUUUAAACGAUGUUAUUCAAAUAGUGGGCAAUAAAACCUGCUUUAUAUAAUAUAUAAAAUAUACCUACUUCCUGUUGUUAUUUAAAAUAUUUUAACGGUAAUUAGUAAAAACAUAGUAAAAUGUUUUGUAAAUAAACACUAUGAUUAUUUAUCAGUGGCUAAGGUGUGCGGUUUCCCGAGAUAAUAUGACCCUAAACGCGAGCAGAAGGUAAAUCACUAAGAAAUAUAAAUUGCUAUGUGUAAUUAAUAAUUAUUUGAAACAAGAAGGUGACCUCAUAAACCAUCAGCCCCUGCUAUUUAUCCUGAAUAAGUUUGUGAUAAAUGUAUAAUUAGGUGAUAGUCUAUUUUGUUUUAUUUAUGUGGCAUGGAACAAAUGCAAUAUGUGGGAUUAAUGUGUUCAAAAUGACGAAUAGUCAAAUUGUUACAUAAUUUAUUAAAAAAAUGUAUCUUAUAAGAUUUAAAUCUAUAGAGUGACAAACGGGUAAAGGAAUAAUUAUAUUUUGUCUGACACAAAUAAAAUGGUUGUUGUUAAUUUAAAAA